UCACCUGGUUCUGUUCAGUAAAGGCCACGCUGGGACAUCGGGACGCCGACUGGCUCCGGUUGGAGAGACUGCUACCGACCCGCUGCAUCCGAGUGAGCAACUGCUGUGGAAGGGCGCGAGGCUCCGAAUGCAGCGCUUGGCGCUGGGCCGGGCGGCGGACGCCGGAAGCGGGGGCCCUCGUGGCCCCGCGUGGCUCCGCUCCUGCCCGUGCGACGCCGCCCCGCUCAGGGGGCUCCCUUGGCUGCCGGCGAGGUUGGCUUCCACAGAGUAUAGGGUCAGCUGUGCACGUCCUACCUCCAUGGGUCAGGUUGGCAGCCGCCCUGGCGCCCCCUGCUGCUGCUGCUUUUAUCUCGGAUACGGCCGCUUUCUCGGGCCCUUCCCCACCUUAGUCAGCGAGGGCCUGGCCGCCGGGGCUGAGACUCAACCGGAUAGGCCAAAAGAGGCUGGUGGCGCUCGAGCCCAACCCUGGAGCUGUCACCAGCACGGAGCGGAGAUGAGAUUGAGCCGCCGGGCUCUUGCCCUUCUGAGAAUCAGGCCUGGGGGGAAGGAGGACUGUCCCCUGAACAGAGCCAUCAGUGUGACCGUGGGGUCAUCCAUUCUUGGAACGUCCUGCAGUUCUCUGACCACGCACAAUCCUGCGACACAUGGGGAUUGGGAGGUGGAUGCGCCUUCCUGGUUUCCGUCAUUCCACCCCGGGCCUACUGUGGCAGGCUCAGAGCUGGGCUCUGGGACCACAAAGAUGAAGACUUGGGCCCUGCGCUACGUAAGAGGUGCCCACCGUGUGGGCGGGAGAGCCGUUCCGCCCUUCUCUGCCUCUACCCCAUCUCCACCUUGGGAGCCUCUUACCUGACCACGGCCAUUACUCUGGCGCUCAGUGCUUAUAAAAUAAACCCUUUUUGUUGAAGUAUAACGUACGCAGAGAAAAGUGCGCAAAGAGAACACACCCGUGUAACCACUUAACAGGUCAAGAAAUAGAACUGUUGCUGUUUAAUCGCCACACUAGGUGCAACUCUGUGUCCCGAGACAUGUGGGAUAGGGCCAGGGUUGGGGCAGGAGGGAGAUGCGCAAGAAGCCAACUCGACUCCAGGCCCCAGGCCUGCAUUUUCACCCUUGGGCUUGGGAGGUGAUUCCCCAAACAGAAGCCUGUGUUCUGGGGUACUUCUCCUUGUCCCAAGAGGGCAGCAAUCUUUACUAUCUUGGAAGCCUUCGACAGAGAUUACAAGUGAGGAGGAGUCAAUCUGGGGUGCUCGCUCGGGCCUCACUUGUCUGUCCGACAUCAAGAAACAGGACAGAAAAGCCUGGAAGCUGGAGGCAAAGGGAGCGACCAUGCAAGACUACAAUUCCCAUCAUGCUCCGGGGCAGGGACGCCUGCGCACUGAACGCCGGUUGCCCACGCGGCCCUAGGGCUGGAAGCGCCGCGCCGCGCUGCGCCGCGCUCCGCUGCGGGGAGGCCAUGACGGAACCUUCCCAGGCCUCGACCCCGGCCCCGGCCGCGCAGCCCCGUCCCCUUCAGUCCCCAGCCCCCGCCCCAACUCCGACUCCUACCCUCAGCCCGGCUUCGGCCCCGACUCCGGCUCCCACUCCGGCAUCAGCCCCAGCCCCAGCUACAGCCCCAGCCGGGAGCACAGGGACUGGGGGGCCCGGGGUAGGAAGUGGGGGUACCGGUACCGGGAGCGGGGGUGAUCCGGCUCGACCUGGCCUGAGCCAGCAGCAGCGCGCCAGCCAGAGGAAGGCGCAAGUCCGGGGGCUGCCGCGCGCCAAGAAGCUUGAGAAGCUAGGGGUCUUCUCGGCUUGCAAGGCCAAUGAAACCUGCAAGUGUAAUGGCUGGAAAAACCCCAAGCCCCCCACUGCACCCCGCAUGGACCUGCAGCAGCCAGCUGCCAACCUGAGCGAGCUGUGCCGCAGCUGUGAGCACCCCUUGGCCGACCACGUGUCCCACCUGGAGAAUGUGUCAGAGGAUGAGAUUAACCGGCUCUUGGGGAUGGUGGUGGACGUGGAGAAUCUGUUCAUGUCUGUUCACAAGGAGGAGGAUACGGACACCAAGCAGGUCUAUUUCUACCUCUUCAAGCUCCUGCGGAAAUGCAUCCUGCAGAUGACUCGGCCCGUGGUGGAGGGGUCCCUGGGCAGCCCCCCAUUUGAGAAGCCUAAUAUUGAGCAGGGUGUGCUGAACUUUGUGCAGUACAAGUUUAGUCAUCUGGCUCCCCGGGAGCGGCAGACAAUGUUUGAGCUCUCGAAGAUGUUCCUGCUCUGCCUUAACUACUGGAAGCUUGAGACGCCUGCCCAAUUUCGGCAGAGGUCUCAGGCCGAGGACGUGGCUACCUACAAGGUCAAUUAUACCAGAUGGCUCUGUUACUGCCACGUGCCCCAGAGCUGCGAUAGCCUUCCCCGGUACGAGACCACUCACGUCUUUGGGCGGAGCCUUCUCCGCUCCAUCUUCACCGUUACCCGGCGACAGCUGCUGGAGAAGUUCCGGGUGGAGAAGGACAAGCUGGUGCCCGAGAAGAGGACCCUCAUCCUCACCCACUUCCCCAAAUUCCUGUCUAUGCUGGAGGAGGAGAUCUACGGGGCAAACUCUCCAAUCUGGGAGUCGGGCUUCACCAUGCCGCCCUCAGAGGGAACCCAGCUGGUGCCCCGGCCGGCUACAGUCAGCGCUGCGGUUGUUCCCAGCGCCCCCAUCUUCAGUCCCACCAUGGCUGGGGGCAGCAACAGCUCCUUGAGCCUGGAUUCCGGAGGGGCUGAGCCCAUGCCAGCAGGCGAGAAGAGGAAGCUCCCAGAGAACCUGACCCUGGAGGAUGCCAAACGGCUCCGUGUGAUGGGCGACAUCCCCAUGGAGCUCGUCAAUGAGGUCAUGCUCACCAUCACGGAUCCCGCGGCCAUGCUCGGGCCUGAGACGAGCUUGCUGUCGGCCAACGCCGCCCGGGAUGAGACUGCCCGCCUGGAGGAGCGCCGCGGCAUCAUCGAGUUCCACGUCAUCGGCAACUCGCUCACACCCAAGGCCAACCGGCGGGUGUUGCUGUGGCUCGUAGGGCUGCAGAACGUCUUCUCCCACCAGCUGCCACGCAUGCCCAAGGAGUACAUCGCCCGCCUCGUCUUUGACCCGAAGCACAAGACUCUGGCCUUGAUCAAGGACGGGCGGGUCAUUGGUGGGAUCUGCUUCCGCAUGUUUCCCACCCAGGGCUUCACAGAGAUUGUUUUCUGCGCUGUCACCUCAAACGAGCAGGUCAAGGGCUAUGGGACUCACCUGAUGAACCACCUGAAGGAGUAUCACAUCAAACACAACAUUCUCUACUUCCUCACCUACGCCGACGAGUACGCCAUUGGCUACUUCAAGAAGCAGGGCUUCUCCAAGGACAUCAAGGUACCCAAGAGCCGCUACUUGGGCUACAUUAAGGACUAUGAGGGGGCGACACUGAUGGAGUGUGAGCUGAACCCUCGAAUUCCCUACACGGAGCUGUCCCACAUCAUCAAGAAGCAGAAGGAGAUCAUCAAGAAGCUGAUUGAGCGCAAACAGGCGCAGAUCCGAAAGGUCUACCCCGGGCUCAGUUGCUUCAAGGAGGGUGUGAGGCAGAUCCCUGUGGAGAGCGUCCCCGGCAUUCGAGAGACGGGCUGGAAGCCGCUGGGGAAGGAGAAGGGGAAGGAGCUGAAGGACCCAGACCAGCUCUACACGACCCUCAAAAACCUGCUGGCCCAGAUCAAGUCCCACCCCAGUGCCUGGCCCUUCAUGGAGCCCGUGAAGAAGUCGGAGGCCCCAGACUACUACGAGGUCAUCCGCUUCCCCAUCGACCUGAAGACCAUGACAGAGAGGCUGCGCAGCCGCUACUAUGUGACCCGGAAGCUCUUUGUAGCUGACCUGCAGCGGGUCAUCGCCAACUGCCGCGAGUACAACCCCCCGGACAGCGAGUACUGCCGCUGCGCCAGUGCCCUGGAGAAGUUCUUCUACUUCAAGCUCAAGGAGGGCGGACUCAUUGACAAGUAGUCUGGCUUUGGACCUCGGCCUCAACCUGGAAUGUCUCCACCUUGGGUUCUGAUCUAAUCUCUGGGGUGCCCUUGUGCCCAGGUCUGCCUCAGUUUGAGACACUCCAGCCAGGGGCCCUCCAGCCCCUGAUCCUGCAGCCCUUUCAGGGCCUUGGGGCACCCCCAAGCCUGCAGCUCUGUCCCACCCUUCAUUGUGUCUGACCUUGGGAAGGGGUCUCUCAGGUCUGGGGUUCAGCCCCUCUAAGAGUGGCUGGUGGCCAGAGGAUGAACAGCCCUGUCCAGCCCUGGUGGCCCCAGACCUGAUCCCCCCUUCUCCCCACCACCACCCCCCCAACACACACAGACUCACACACACACACACACACACGCACACUCCCCCAAGCUAUGGAGUUUUGGAGUCCUGGCCCUGGCCCAGGUCACUGUUGAGGUUCCUCAAGGGCAGGAUCGCCAACUUGAGCUUGAGUGAGGGGGCUUCAGGGGUUGGAAGUUCAGCCUGGAC